CUUCUUGAGUAUCAAUGGUUUUAAAGGCUCUCCGAGUUCCAAGAACACCAAUAUACUCCAAGAAACUCUAAAGUAGACUCUGUGAGAUUUAGGACUUCUCAAGAUUUUGAGAAUGGCGAAUCAACAUUUCUUCAAGCCUCUUCUUCCUGGCUUUCACAGCCACUUGACAAUUCCUGUAGUCUUCUUCUUGAAGCAUAUAGAAGGAAGAGAUGACCAGAAGAUGGCAGAGCUAAGAUCAGAUGCGUCGAAGAUAACUUGGAAAGUGAAGAUAGAUGGACAGAGACUCACUGACGGUUGGAAAGAGUUUGCUUUAGCACAUGAUCUUCGAAUCGGUGACAUUGUCAUUUUCAGACAAGAGAGUGACUUGUCUUUCCAUGUGACACUAUUAGGACCUAGUUGUUGUGAGAUUCAAUAUGGUUCGUGUUUAGACGAAGAGACCAAUCUCGAGAAGAAGAAGAAUCCAAAUGGAGAAGCAGAGACUUCUUCACUAGGUCGCUCUUGUUUUGUGGCUAAAGUCGCGCCUUCGAGUCUAAGUUAUGACUCAAUGCAUCUUCCAAGGCCUUUUGUGAGAGAAAAUGGUGUAGUCACUGGAUCUGGAGAGAUUGUUCUGAUGAAUGAAAAGGGCAGAUCAUGGAAGUUAAAAUUGAGACAAAAGCCAUCAUGCGGAACGGUUUAUGUUAAAGGAGGGUGGGUGAGUUUUUGUGAUGCCAAUGGACUUAGAGCUGGAGAUAUCUACACUUUCAAACUGAUCCAAAGAGGAGGAACUCUUGUUCUACGUUUGUUACCCAAUGAGUCAGAAGAAGAAGCUCAUGAUGCGUCUCUUUCCGCAGAACCGGAAAGCGAUGCAGGAAGCAAUCUUGAGAUGAUUCAAAGGAAGGAGACAGUGAAGAAGAAUGUAACAAGAGAGGCAGAGUCUUCUUCACUAGAUCCCUCUUGUUUUGUGGCUAAUGUCGCGCCUUCGUCUCUACGCUAUGACACACUGUAUCUUCCAAGGCGUUUUAUGAGGGAAAAUGGUCUAGACAAAAGAUGUGGAAAGAUGAUUUUGAUGAACGAAAAGGGCAAAUCAUGGACUUUAGAUUUGAAACAAAAGAAAUCAUGCGGAACUUCUUUAAUCAAACGAGGAUGGAGUAGUUUCUGUCGUGCCAAUGGACUUAGAGCUGGAAGUAUCAUAACUUUCAAACUGAUAAAAAAAGGAGGAAAUCUUGUUCUACGUUUGCUCACCAACGAGCCAAAAGAAGAAGAUGAGUGCUCAGAAGCUAAUGAAGUAGAGUCUCUUUCGACAGAUCAAGAAAGCAAUGAAGAGAGCCACGACGAGAAAAUCUCAAGAAGAAAGGAAAAGAAGGGUAACUUGAUGUGGAAAGCUUCAUCUUCACCAUCCGAAAACCGAUUUGUGACAUUAACUCUUACACCUUACAACAUCCUACGUUCUGUACUGGUUAGUUUCAUCACUCCAGGCCAUUUUCUUUUUAACAGUUUAUCAAAUGUGAAUCUUUUGUGUGAAUCUUUGUUUCAGCGUCUUCCGAUUCCUUUCACGAGGAUGAAUGGCAUCAACGAAGACACUAAAAUGACUCUGUUGGAUAAACAUGGUACGAAGUGGUUAACCACUCUGCGGUUGGUGGACUACAAAAGUAAAAGAUUAAGAAUGGCAGGAGGCUGGCAAGGAUUCAUCCAAGCUAACUGUGUGAAGGCAAACGAAUCCAUCAUGUUAGAGCUGAUUUGGGAAGAAGACACAAGUUGUAUCCUGAAAUUCUGCUCCAAGGUGAAGCUAUGAACCAAAUGAAACCGUAUAUGAGUUUAAUAUUGAAAUGAAUCAAUGUUUGACUCUUUUCUUUGGUAAGAUUUAACUAAUGGUUGGCUUAACUCUUGAGGUCCAUCCAAUUAUAGUAUGUUUUUCUAAGUAUGUUGUAUGAUCCGACUGAGAUCAUUGGCCUUAUGGUGUGGAAGUUGUGAAUGUUAGUUUGGCUUUAGAAAGGUUACAUUACAUUACUAUUGUAGAAUGUUUUUGUUUUUCCUCUUAGAGACAUCUCCUUUCUCCUC